AUGGAGUGGAUGAAGGGAGGGGACCAAUGUUCUCGCAUGUUUUUUCGCAAAAUUGCACAGAGGCGGACUGCGAGAAGGAUUCUUCAAAUUAAUGAUGUUCAUGGGACCACUCACAUGGAGGCGAAUGCUGUGAGCCAUGAAUUUGUAGUUUAUUAUCAGUUCUUGUUGGGAGGAGUUCGACGCUGUGAGGUUAUGGAUUUUCGAUACAUGAGACCAUGGGCACAACAUGUAUUAUUUGAUGAGGAGGCCUCACAGCUUGUCUUGCCCUUUACGCCGGAGGAUGUGAAACUUGUGAUAUUGAUAUUGUUGACGACAAAGCUCCGAGGCCUGAUGAUUAUUGCAAAACUACUUGUCCAAAGAUUGAGUGUGAUGUUGGACAAGUUAAUUAGUCCCUGUCAGGCUGCAUUCGUACCUGGUAGAAGUGUUGGGGACAAUAUUAUGUUGGCACAGGAACUCUUUACCGGCUACAAUCAAAUGCGGUUACCACGGAGGUGUGCGUUAAAAGUGGAUAUUCGCAAGGCCUAUAAUACAGUAGAAUGUGAUUUUUUAUUAGUUGUGUUGCAACUAUUUGGGUUUCCAGUGGUAUUCAUGAAAUGGAUUGAGAAGUGUGUCACCACUAUCUCAUUCUCGGUGGGGAUGAACGGAAAACCGCAUGGUUUUUUCACAGGUGCCCGGGACCUUCGACAGGGUGAUCCACUCUCGCAAUACCUACUUGUACUUGUGAUGGAAGUGAUGCACUUGGUAUUCUUACAGAUGAUCGACCAGGACGGAGGCUUUACCUUCCAUUGGAAAUGUGAGCCUUCUCGUCUUUUUCAGUUGGGGUUCGCUGAUGAUUUCUUAUUGUUCUGCCGUGUUGACAUUGACUCCAUUAGAGUAUUCAAAGAAGGAUUAGAUCGGUUUGGGACGUGGUCAGGACUAUGA